AUGAAUAAUAAUAACACGCACAAAUCCCACGAGGCCCUCCCUAUAAGGGUACCCUUUCCACCCCCAAUCGGGGAAAGCGAACUACAACCUACCUUAAAAAAAGGUAAAUUACCAAUAAGAGCGACCAAUCAAUUCCUGCUCUACCGUACGGCCUAUAUCAAGACCAUGCGAGAAAACGGAUACCAGGAUAUCAACAUGCGAGUUAUAUCGAAACUUGCUUCAGAUUCAUGGAAUCUGGAGCCCCCCUUCGUCCAGCAGGAGUACAAGUCAUUAGCUUUGCGGGCCAAAGGCCUGCACCAAAAGACUAUUAAGUAUUUAACCUCCCUUCAUUUAGAGGAUACGAUCUCACAGCGUCCACUAGCGCCAAUGCCAGUGACAAAUGCAAACUCCCCUCCAGAUAUAUCGACAGAUCAAGUAGAUCGACUUUAUGUCGCUGACAAUGUUCAGUCAUCACAGCAAAUUACAGAAAAUGUUUUUUUCACCCCGUCACAUUCGUCACAUUCGUAUUAUAUGAUGGGUCAGAUGGGCCAGAUGGGUCAGGAUAAUUCAUAUUAUCCUAUCAUUGACAUUGACAACGGUUAUUUACCGUAUUAUGAAUAUUAUAUUUAA